CCCAGCAAGAUGCGGCCGGCGCAGCGUCACGGCCGGCCUGGCCCCUUUCGGGAACCCAAGUCUACCUUCCUGUAAACGCCCGGCGGAGGAGAAGGGAACUGCUCUGCCCACGCCCCGAGGGCGCGGGGAGGCCGGUUGCACAAGGCGGGCCGGUCGUGGGGCGCUCCGCAGCCCAGGGCGAGAGGUUUGGGGCACCGAACCGCUGCCGGCCGCUCCAGUUUCGGGGCAGUCGGACCCCUUUGCUCUUCACCAGUGAGGGCGCUUGCGGAUCGCGGCAGGGAGAGCACUCCGGCGUCGCCCCCCUCGGAGCGAAGCGCCAUGGCCGAGCGCAAGGGCACCGUGGUGCUCGCCUACAGCGGGGGCCUGGACACCUCCUGCAUCCUGGUGUGGCUGAAGGAGCAGGGCUACGACGUGGUGGCCUACCUGGCCAACAUCGGGCAAAAUGAAGACUUUGUAGCGGCGCGAAAGAAAGCGCUGGCCCUGGGGGCCAAGAAGGUCUACAUCGAGGACAUCAGCAGGGAGUUCGUGGAGGAGUUCAUCUGGCCGGCGGUGCAGGCCAACGCGCUCUACGAGGACCGGUACCUGCUGGGCACCUCGCUGGCCCGGCCCUGCAUCGCCCGCAAGCUGGUGGAGAUCGCCCAGAAGGAGGGAGCCCAGUACGUCUCGCACGGUGCCACGGGCAAGGGCAACGACCAGGUACGCUUCGAGCUCUCCUGCUACGCUCUGUGUCCCGGCAUCAAGGUCAUCGCGCCGUGGAGGCUGCCUGAGUUUUAUCGCCGCUUCCCAGGGCGCCGCGAGCUGAUGGGCUAUGCGGAGGAACGCGGCAUCCCGGUGCCCGUGACUCCCGAAACGCCCUGGAGCAUGGAUGAAAACCUCAUGCACGUCAGCUACGAAGCCGGCGUCCUGGAGAACCCCAAGAAUCCGGCUCCCCCCGGACUCUACACUAAGACCCAGGAUCCAGCCACCGCUCCGGACACCCCGGACACGCUGGAGAUCGAGUUCAAGAAGGGUGUCCCCGUGAAGGUCACCAACGCCGCGGACGGAGUCACCCGCCAGGCGGCCCUGGAGCUCUUCGUCUACCUGAACGAGAUCGCAGGCAAGCAUGGCGUCGGGCGGAUCGACAUCGUGGAGAACCGCUUCAUCGGGAUGAAGUCCAGAGGUAUCUAUGAGACCCCAGCGGGAACGAUCCUACACCAUGCGCAUUUAGAUAUUGAGGCCUUCACCAUGGACCGGGAAGUAAGGAAAAUCAAGCAAGGGCUCGCUUUGAAAUUCUCUGAGCUGGUAUACAAUGGUUUCUGGCACAGCCCCGAGUGCGAAUUCAUCCGGGACUGCAUCAGCCGCUCCCAGGAGCCGGUGGAGGGCAAUGUGCGCCUCUCCGUCUUCAAGGGCCAGGUCUACAUCUUGGGCCGAGAGUCUCCGCAGUCCCUGUACAACGAGGAGCUGGUGAGCAUGAACGUGCAAGGCGAUUACGAGCCUGCUGACGCCACCGGCUUCAUCAACAUCAACUCGCUCAGGCUAAAGGAAUAUCAUCGUCUCCAGAGCAAGAGUCAACGCCGAGGUGAUGGCUUUGUUAUGGGGCGGCUGCUGCAAGUGAAAUGGAAUCAUUAAAAAGGUGGUUGGCCAGAAGAGAAGUGGGAAAAGAAAUUAAAACAGCCACGCGCUGAGUCUCUUCAUUGAGAGCAGGGCUUUAUUCUUUGCUUGUUUGUUUGCUCUUCUUGCGUUGAGUUGGCCAAGCGCUUCCCCAAGCCAGGCUUUGUGAAAUUUGUAAUGGAUUAAGUGCCUCUGAAGGACGUGUGGGUUUUGUCGCUAUCAGUACCUUUUUAUUAAAGCAGGAAGGGGGAGAGAAAUCUUCCUCCAAGCAAGGCAUCUACCUGGUUUCUUCAUCUGUGAAUCCUGCUAGGCCAGAGGGAGCAAGGUGGGUGGGCAAGGGGGAAUAAACCCGUUGCUUUGCGGCGCACUUUGUUUUUAUGGUGGUUAAGAGGAUUUGAUUGUUC